UUCAGAACAACCGCACAAAAUGGGCCCUUCCCGCAAAAGACAGCGCAUUUCCGAGGACGGAGCCGCUGCUCCAGCCGCUGCGGCCGAGACUACCCAAGAGCCCGCCGCCAAUGACGCUUCUGCAGCGCAAUCCGAGACUGUAAAGGCCGAGCCGCAGAAUGCGCCUCGCCGCCAACUCUUCAUCCGUUCCCUGCCUGCCACAGUCACCAACGACGACCUUACCGAGCACUUCUCCCAAUCUUUCCCUAUCAAGCACGCUGUUGUCGUCACAGACAAGGAAACGAAGUUGUGCAAGGGCUACGGGUUUGUGACCUUUGCCGACGCCGAAGAUGCCGCGCGCGCGAAAGAAGAGUUCAAUGGCUCGGAGAUUCAGGGUCGCAAGAUGAGAGUGGACAUUGCCGAGCCGCGCCAGCGCGACACGGAGCACAAAACUAGCACACCAGCCAAGGCGUCUAUCGAGGCGAAGCAAAAGAGAGAGGAUGCCAAGGCACUGGCAACUCAGUCGAAGCUGAUUAUUCGCAACUUGCCAUGGAGCAUCAAGACCCCGGAACAACUCUCUGUCCUUUUCAGAAGCUACGGCAAGGUCAAAUACGCCGUCAUACCGAAAAAAGGCUCCGGUAUGUUGGCUGGUUAUGGUUUUGUCACUCUGAGAGGGAGGAAAAAUGCGGAGAAGGCUCUUGAGGGGAUAAACGGAAAAGAGGUGGAUGGUCGCACGCUGGCGGUGGAUUGGGCUGUGGAAAAGGAGGCCUGGGAGAAGGCCCAGGACGACGAAGACGAGGAAGAGAAGGAAGACGCGAAUGCUCAGGCCGAAGAUGCAGGCAGCGAGGCCGCAUCUGAGGGAGAGGGUGCAAGCGACGACGAAGGCGCCUCGGAAGACGAUGACGAUGAGAACGAAGACGAUGAGGACGAAGACGAUGAUGAUGAAGACGAGGACGAAGAUGACGAAGACGACAUGGACGUGGAUGAACCAGCCCCACACAGGCCCUCCAGCGCCAACUCGACCCUCUUCAUACGCAAUCUUCCCUUCACAUGCGACGAUGAGUCUCUGCAUGAUCACUUCGAGCAAUUUGGAGCAGUGCGUUACGCAAGGAUUGUCAUGGACCAUGCCACGGAAAGGCCAAGGGGCACGGGUUUCGUGUGCUUUUACAACGAUGAGGAUGCAAUCAACUGUCUGAAGGGUGCUCCGAAACACCAGGCUCCCAGGAAUCCUCAGGACAGGUCUGCCCCUCUUGCGGCACACUCUGUGUUGCAAAAUGAGGAUUCUGAUGCGACCGGUCAAUACACAAUGGACGGUCGUGUUUUGCACGUCACCAUGGCGGUCAACAAAUCAGAGGCCGAAAAGCUCACUGCCGAAGGAGUCGCAUUCCGUGGCAACAGAGACAAGGACAAGCGCAAGCUCUACCUACUCCAAGAAGGCUCUAUUGCUACCAACUCUCCCAUGUACCAGCUGCUUGCACCCGCGGAAAUCAGCAUGCGUGAGGCCAGCGCAAAGCAACGGAAACAGCUGGUCGAAAGCAACCCCUCGCUCCACCUGAGUCUCACGCGUCUCUCCGUCCGCAACCUUCCCCGCAGCAUCACGUCCAAGGACCUCAAGCAACUGGCUCGUGAAGCUGUUGUUGGUUUCGCAAAAGAUGUCAAGGAAGGGAAGCGACAGCGGUUGUCCCGGGAAGAAUUGGAGCGCGGUAGCGAGGAGAUGGCAGAGGCCGAGAAGGAGAGGAAGGCGAAGGGCAAGGGUGUGGUCAGGCAAGCAAAGAUUGUCUUUGAAGGGCGCGAAGGAGGCAAAAUCGAGGAAAAGUCCGGUGCAGGCCGCAGCAGAGGCUACGGUUUCAUCGAAUAUUACACGCAUCGGUCUGCGUUGAUGGGUCUGCGCUGGCUGAACGGCCAUGCCCUUGGCUACCAGGCUGUCGAAGGAAAGAAGGGCAAGAAGCCUACUCCCGAGGACAUUCAAGACAGAAAGAAGCGUCUCAUUGUCGAGUUCGCUCUCGAGAAUGCUCAGGUCGUUCAGAGGAGGAAGGAAAAGGAAGUGAAGAUGCGCGAGAAGCCGAAGGCGGAUGCGGAUGGUGAGGCACGCGACGGCAAGAGGCAGGGAUCGCAGAAACGCAAGAGAGGACAAGACGAAGGCGACGAGGCCAAAUCCAAGGAUGAAAAGUCGUCUGCCGCAAAAGACGAAAAACUUGCCAAGCAGUCAAGGAUCAUUGCUAGGAAGAGGCAGCUGCGUCGGGCUCGCAACAAGGGCACCAGGGCUUAG